AUGCAUCCAGUCGGACCACAACAGCAACAAAGACGUGGUAAUUCAACUCGAAUGCCAUUAAUGUAUUCAAGUUCUUUACCGCCUGCACCUUUGUUAGCAGGACCUCCUCAAACAUCACGUUAUGGUGUUAUUAGUAAUUUUCAACAAUUAACAACAGGAAGUGGUGGUGGAAUGAAACAUCAUCAACGUGGAAGUGGAAAUCGUGGUGGUCGAGGAUCAACAACAAUUCAUCGACAACAACGUCCAAUAGCUGGUUCUCGUUAUCAUCCUUAUCCAUUUCGACCACCUUUACCGCCUCAACAACAACGUUUCUAUCGUCCAGCACAACCAUUACCACGUACACCUGCUGCAUUAAUGGGUACGCCACCUGGUAUGUCACAAUCAGAAUAUGAAUUAAUUCAUUCAGCACAAGUUCAACGUGAUAAAAAGAAACUUGAUGUAUUAGCACCAUCGAAUACAACACAAUUUCUUAUACGUGAUCAUAAUCGUCAAACACCAUCAUCAAUAGCAACACCAACACCAACUCAUCAAACAAGUAUGGCAAAGCCUUACUCUGCACAUCGCUAUAUGAGAGUCGAUCAAGUUUUGAUUGUUAUUUGCGAUAAAGAGUACACCGGGGAUGAAAUUCAACAAGUACUUUUAUUCGGUGGUUCAACACGUAUUCCACGUGUUCAACAGGAAUUAAGCAAAUCUCUUGGCGGAAUUGAUCUUGGUAAAAGUUUAAAUACCGAUGAAGCGGCUGCUAUGGGUGCUGUUUAUCAAGCUGCAGCACUUUCAAAAGGUUAUCGUGUUAAAAGAUUUCUUGUUAAAGAUGCAAAUCAAUAUCCAAUAAAUGUUCAAUUUGAACGACAUUCUGAUGCAACAAUGGAAAAUUCUGAACAAAAAUUAAUUGAUCGAACAUUAUUUCAACGAAAUAAUCUUUAUCCAAAUCGAAAAGUGAUGACAUUUAAUCGACAUAUUGACGAUUUUUCAUUUGAUGUUCGUUAUGGUGACUUAACAUAUCUUUCAGAUACGGAUAAACGUGCACUUGGACAAACCGAAUUAUUUCGUGUAAAUGUUCUUGGUGUUCGUACAGCAUACGAAAAACAUAAAGAUACAAGUGAAUCAAAAGGUGUUAAAGCACAUUUUCAACUAGAUGAAAAUAGUCUUCUUGUUCUUGAUCGAAUUGAAUUUGUUUUCGAACGAAAAGAAACUGAAGCCGAUAAAAAUACAACUAAUGAUGAAGAUGAAUCAACAUUAUCAAAAUUAGGUAGUAAAAUUUCAAGUUUUUUUUCAUCAUCUGGUUCAUCAAAAUCCGAAAAUGAUACAAAUAAUGCAACAAAUACUACCGAUGAAAAGAUUCCAACUAAUAAUACUGAAACAAAUAACGAUGAACAAUCAAAAAAAACUGUUGAUGAAAAAGAAGGAACUAAUACAACUGAUAAUACGACAACAACAACAGCAGCAACAACCACAACGACGCCACCACCGCCCAAAACAAUAACAAUUCGUGAACCAUUAGAAUUUCGCUUAGAAAUUCUCGGUUAUACUGAUCCAACAUCGGAAGCACAAGCUAAUUCAAUGAAAAAAUUAACAGCUUUGGAUGAACAUGAUCGUCAAUUACUGGCUUUAUCAACAGCAAAAAAUAAUCUUGAAUCAUUUAUCUACGAUAUGCGUGAUAAACUUGAACAUGAUUCAAAUUAUAAAAAAGCAGCAACAUCAGAAGAACAAACAAAAAUUAAUGAAAAAUUAACUGAAAUUGAUGCAUGGUUAUGGGAUGAUGGUAUUGAUGCUGAUGUUAAAACAUUAAAAUCUAAAUUAGAUGAAUUAAAAACUUUAACAAAAUCUUUAAUAUUACGUGUACGUGAAAGUGAUUUACGUUCACAAAAAAUUCAAGAACUUAAAGAUAUACUUAAUUCUACUGAACAUUUUGUUCGAACAACACGUGUUUUAUUUUUAAAAAAAGACGAUGAUGAAAAACCAUUUACUGAUGGAGAUAUUGAUGCAUUAGAAAAAACUAUUAACGAUGUAUAUAAAUGGAAUGAUCAAGUUUUAGAUUCAUUUUCAAAAUUAUUACCAACUGAUAUCCCAAAAUAUUUAUCAAAUGAUUUCGAUGAUAAAAUUAAUUUAUUGAAACGUGAAACAAAUUAUUUACUUGGUAAAAUUCAACGAUUUGUUCCAAAACCAAAAACAACAACAACAACACCGACAACAACAACAACAGCAAAAGUUCCAAUAGAUAAUGAAACAAAUGUUGAAGAAGAAAAAGAACAAGAAACAUCUUCGACAACUACUUCGAUUCCUGAACAAGAAGAGACAACAACAGCAAAAGUUCCAAUAGAUAAUGAAACAAAUGUUGAAGAAGAAAAAGAACAAGAAACAUCUUCGACUACCACUUCGAUUCCUGAACAAGAAGAGACAACAACAACAAAAUCAGAUGAAGAAGAGCAUCCGGAAUUAUAA